GCUCAACAAGAGGCUGGGAAUCGCAGCUGUUCACCAGGAUUGUUUCCACACAAGGCGUUUUGCGACAACGCCGUCAAGCAAUGCCGUGCACCUCACCUUGGCCCUGACUGACCCCACGCUGAGACGAUUGGCGUCUCGCUGCACGGUCUUCAUGUCACUCGCUGCAAGCUACAUCAUAAUACUGAGGUGAUGGUUCUGCGAGCCUGAGAGCUGUGCGGUCUAACCACGGAUAUCUUCGUCGGUUCUGAUGCUGUGCGCUCCCAGCUCCCACACCCACCGUUCAUUCUUUCGACACACGCACAAAGUUCCCUUUUCUCUUCGCUACGCUCCUUCUGUCUCGUCCGUUACAGGAGCGCUUUCUCCGCAGAGACGCCUACGCCCUCGUUAAACCACGUCCAAUUUUAUCUCGAGUAAACAUACAGUCCAUGGCGAAGAGCGAUGGCAUCCACUCCCUCAAACCGGAUUAAGCUUACACCGUCCAAUUCUCCGUUUCUCGCACGCCCUUCUCGCCCAUCGACACGGCCCCGACCCCUCUACGAAUCCUGCCUGUCCCUUGAGCGCGUGGUAGGGACCACCUGCAACUCCCCGACCGGGUUCGACACGGUCCACUCGUCCUUCGCCUACAUUGCUGGCGGCGCCGUCGUUGUGGUCAAUGUCUCGGGUGAGCACUACACACAGCGCUUCUACAGGGCCAGACCGACGGCAGUGCCCCUGCUCUCCGUUUCGCCCACCUCCAACCCUUCGUCGACAACGCCCAACUCCACGCCGAAAGCCAACGACAGCAGGAACAGAGCGGGCCCCUCCCCUAGAGAUUCGCUCUAUACGACGUCCGACUGGCCAGAGUCGCCCACCUCAAAGACCUGGACGAGCCGCGAGCGGAUCAAGGCGACUACCUGUCUAGCUCUCAGUCGAGAUGGACGGUACCUAGCAGUAGGCGAGACGGGCUAUGCCCCGCGGGUACUCAUUUUCAACCUACAGGAUGCCUCAUCCGACAUACCCUUGGUAUCCAUCAGCGAACAUACCUUUGGUGUCAAGGCCGUAGCCUGGUCCCCGGACACCAAGUAUCUCGCAUCGCUGGGCGCUGCCAACGAUGGCUUCGUCUAUCUGUGGAAGCUCGACCCCCGGACUGGCGCGGUGAAGUUGUUCCAGCAGAACAAGUGCACUUCGUUCGUCAAGGGGAUGGUGUGGAUGGGCAACAACCUCAUAACACUCGGUGUCCGCCACGUCAAGGUGUGGCGGGUCGAAGAUGGCCCCGAGGUCUCUCCCACCAAACCCAAAUUUCCCGGCGAAGCAUCAGCCCCUGUCCCCCCGCCACAGGCACAGAAACCGUUGCCGGGCAGGAACAUCCUCCUUGGCCCAAUGCUGGAUGCGACGUUUAGCUGCGCAUUCCCGAUAUCCGACGACAAGGCCAUCAUUUGCUCCGAAACGGGAUGCGUGUGUCUCCUUGAUGACACCAACAAGCAAAUGAAGCUGGUGAAGGUUCUCGAGGUUGACUUCUGCGUUACAUGCAUAUCCAGCCGAGGAGAUAACGUGUACGUCGGCGGCAAAGAUGGCCAGUUUGCCGUCAUCAGCCUGGACAGCAUAGUAGCCGGCACCUCCGAGCCGGCUGUCCGCGGGUCGGCGAUGGCGGCAGGUCUCAUUGCCAUGGGAUUCAUGGCAGAAAAUCUCGUCACCAUAGACAGCAAGCGAUCGAUCAAGAUCUGGAACUCUGCCUACACCCCUGCCGGGGACGGUGAAGAUAAGGACACAGCCCACAUCCCCAUCCCGGGACUCGGUGACCCCAUCAGUGGGAUUCAGCGGUUGUCCAUCCCGAACAGUUUAGGUGCUAGUUUCUUCACAUGGUCUGGCCCUGGGAGAGUGACCGCUUGGGAUUUGGGCGGCAUGAUCAAGUCUUCUUUCGACAUACCAAUCGAACAGGUUGACAUGGGCACCGACUCUGAUCCAGUCAACCAAAUUGUUGUGGCGAGGGCCACGAACGACGGAAGCGUUUUCAUCGCUGGAGACAAGCUUGGCGUUCUCCGCAUCGUCGAGACGUCUAACGGGCGGUGUCUUCUGGAAACGAAAGCACAUUCGUCCAACUGCCAAGACAUCACAGUACACGAGGGCCAGUCGAGGUUUCUCGUGGCCUCUUGCGGGAGAGACCGGACAGUCCAGCUGUUCCACCGCUCCGCUGCAGGGGAAUUUGAGCACUUCCAGACGCUCGAGUUCAGCGCCAAGGUGGUACAGGUGCUCUUCUCUGCCGAAGACAAGGUGUUGACGUGCUCCCUCGAUCGAACACUCCAGAUCCAUGAUCUGGUGAGCAAGGAGGGGGAGCCGGACGUCAUAGCAGCCAUCCCUUCUAAAGUGAUAUCUCUAAGGGCAUCCCCGUCGUCCAUGGCAGUGACGCCCGAGGAAAAGGCGAUUUUCGUUUCCCUGCUGGACCGGUCCGUCUGCCAGUAUGAUUUCAGCAACGGGCGGCUUCUCAGUUCUUUUAAGUGCAACGACGAAGUAGGGCUCGACUCGGUCGUCCUCGAGUCCCUGACCUACGGCCAGCUUGGUCCCGACUUGCCUUUCCUUCUCGGCAUCUCCAACACAGACAAAUCCGUGAGAGUUUACGACGCACAAGCAGGAUGUUUCAUGGACCGCGAAUGGGGUCACACCGAAGCCAUCAACGGCGUCAUCCUGAUCGACACGGAAGAAGCUGGUCGAAAGGUCGUCAGCGUCGGCGAGGACGGCACCAUCAUGAUCUGGGCACUCGAGAUCCCAGAUCCAACAGCUCCCACCCGCACCCGCGACCCAUCCCCAGAAAAGACCCCCCAACUGGCCUCCACGCGGCCUCCGCUCCGCCGCGUCCUUUCCAAGGCCGAACUCGCCGAGUUCCAACGCCCUUCUUCCGCCAACGGCGGCAACAGCAGUACCAACGGUCGCCGCUCACCACCCCGGCCCACGAACCGCCGCGCCUCUAAGUUCCACCUUCCCGUCUCGUCCCUCCGCACCCCGACCGCCGACAAACAAACCAGCCCUACCAGCGCGAGCGCCGCCGUCGUAGACGACACCCCCUCCCGCCGCGCCUCCUCGGGAGGCGGCUCCCGCUCCGACGCCAGCCCACCCCCCUCCAGCCCAAAGACGCGAUCCAAAAUGUUCCGCCGCCCGUCCCUCCCCGCGCUGGGCGCCACCCCUUCGGGCAGUCUCAAGUCGCGCAAGUUUUCCAGUUCCCAUAACAACCAGCGCAGCGGGAACGGACUCAGCGGUGGUAGUGGUGGCGGCGGUGGCAGCGGGGGUGGUGGUGGUGGGUAUGGGUUCGGCUCUCUCAGCAUGGCGACGGAGCAAACGUGCCGGCAGCUCAGGGCGUACCGCAAGAAGAUCACGACGGCGUCGGCGGACGCGGCAAUCAACGGGGAUGUGCUUGCGCAGUUGGAUGCCGAGUUGAGGUUGACGGCUGCUGCGCUGGGGGAGAGGGCUAUUCGUAGCCGGACUUCCGGGGACGGGAAGAAGGAGGUUAGUGAGUCGGUCUUGAGUGGGUUGUUGGAUCAGUACAGUGAGCGGUUGGUUAGCAUGCUGGAUGAGAAGUUGAGGCUGAGGUUGAGUGAGGAGGAGAAGGACGCGCUGGUAAGGGAGAGGCCGAAAACUGCCGGGGAAGAGUCGAGUUCGAGGUCGGGGUCGACGUCCGGGGCUAGUUUGGAGGGUGGGGUUGUUUGUGAGGAGCCCGAGGAGGUGUGA